AUGGACAAGUAUCCCAAAUCUGAAGAACCCACGGAAACGGUUGGUGGCUCCGAGGGUCAGGCGUGCGCUGCCCUCGCGCACGAGUUUUCAAACCUGGAAUCCAUCGUACAGGAUUUCCAACCAGUUGUAAACCAAAGAAAGAGUCGUGUGCCAGCCGAUGUCGCCGGCCGCAUAAUGUUCAUGGCUCAUGACUUCCUCACCGAGCAACCAGUCCGCAAUGCUGACGUCUAUCUCCUGCGCCAGAUCCUACACAACUGGUCAGACAAGUAUUACAUUCGUAUCCUACGACACCUUGUUACCGCGCUUAAGACCGCGGCGAAGAUUGUGGUGAAUGAUAAUGUGAGCACCGAUCUUACUAUGAAGGUCUUACAGAACCCCCACGAGCGUGGACUAGACGACUGGAAGAACCUCUUCAAGACGGCUGACCCCAGGUUCAGCUUCCAGGAAGCGAAGCAACCAGCAGGGUCCACAUUGUGGAUUAUGACCGUGCAGUGGGAAGGGCAGUAG